AUGAGCGACCAACUUGCAGCUUCUCCCUCUUCCAGCAGUCUCUCUCCGGCCGCAGAACCCGCCACCGCAUCAGCCAUCUUGGGUACCAGCUCCAAUGGCUGGUCUCCUCUCCGAACGGCUAAGAGGGGCACCACAGUCUCGUACUCCCCAACUUUGCCAGAGCACGGUAAUGAAGAGCAUUCCUCGCUACACAGUCCCAAAAGGGCCACUCAGAACUUCAAAUCGCUUCGCAACCACGGCCUUGUCUCCAACAGCAUCUUCAGACACUUUGAUGGAGGAGCAAGUCAGCCAACCUCGGCCACAAACCCUCCUUUGGCCUCUCCUGGACGCAAACAUAUCUCUUCUUCUUCUUCCGUUGGUCUUGGCAUCGGCCUCUCAAGCUCGCCUAAGUCCCUUGGUCAGAGUUUGAAGAAAGAAGCCUCGCCUGCGGUCGAAGAUGCAGAAAACAGCAACCCUUUCAACCUCUAUGCCACAGUCCCUGCUGCUAAGAGUCCACAGCGCAAGUUCCCUCGCAAGAGCUUGGGCAGACUUUACCAGUCCAACUACGUCAGCAAUUCCCUUUUUCGCCAGCAUGACGGUCAGCCGGACAAUGUUGCCUCUCCUUGUUCUCCUCUCAGUAACCCGCGCACUGGUAUCCAGCCUACAUUUCAAGGCAGCCCAGUGACAACAUCCAAAGGUCUCCUCACCUCAAACAGGCUUCAUGGUCCCAGAUUCAUGAACGACCCGCCACAGAGCUCUCAGGUAGAGCUCGGUCCCAGCUCCCAGAUCUCCAGCCCACUUUGUCGAGAACGAAGGAAAACAGUCACAUUUGACGAGAUUCUCGAUGUUCAAGAGUUCGACAAGGAGAGCAGCUUUGAUGCUGACAGUGUUCAAGAUAUCCAAGACGUCAACCAUGUAUCCGAAGAUGCUGACUUCUGGAUGCAGCAGCAUGCAUCAGCCUCUUCUCGGCCACCUUCGCACCAGCUCAAAGUAGUCAACCAGGACAACAUGCAUGCCUCUUCCGAUGAUGCUGCCGACCUCCUUUCCGGCGAAUCCGAGCCUGACCUCUCCCACGACAGCCACGAGACUUGUUCCGUCGAGGCUCCACCUAGCCCGUCUCCUGCCGACUCAAGUCUGCAGCUACAGGAUCUCUCGCUCGACCAUGAUCUUUCCAUCCACCAGACAUGCGCUCAAGAGGCCACCUUUGGUCCCGAUCGGGAGAACAGCUUUGCUCGCCUUUCUGCUGCCGAUCGUGUAGAUAGCAUGAUGGACGAACUCCUUCGCGACGAUAUUCUUAACACUCCCAGCCUACGCUCCCGUCAAGUGGAGUCCAGCACACGUCAAAUCCCAGCGACUCUUUCGACCCAGGUCGAGACUUUUGCACCCUCUGCUACCUCGAUGCAAGGAGCUUUGCCACAGCUCCCCGCAUGGACUCCAAUCAGUCUAGACGUUGAUGUUUCUAUGCCUCUCCUCGGUGACUUUGGUCGUAGCCACACGCAGCCCGAGAUUGCUCAGCCUCCUGUCUCAAUUCCACCAUCCACUACUAGAAGUCGCUCCGUCCGCGGAAGGCCACACAUCUCUCGCGAUGCCAUCCUUCAACGUGUCGCUCGCGAAAAGCUCAACCAGAUACAAGCCAAAGCCGAGGCAGAAACUCGGCAAGAAUCAGCUGAAGAGGCUACAACUACUGACGUGCCCUCCCUCAAGCGCAACACUUCUCAGCAAAAGAGGAUGCCGCGCGGAAGUGAGCCUGUUCCAUCCACAUCUUCUGCUCAGAGCAACGUUGCGACCCAGAUCAAACCAACGCAAGCAUCUAGGCCCAGCGCACCACUCCAGCUGAUGCCCUGCAAGCCCGUUGCAACUGAAGUAAAGCCCAUCCCUCCUCCGAGCCCCGUCAAGCAGCUCGAUCAUAUCGAGAGUCCACUUGAUUUGCUGGGCACAGAGUUGAAGGAAACCGCCGAGCUCAGUGGGCCUGUCCAUCAGGAUGCUGAGACCAAAGACACGCCGCUUUCCGCUGGGAUUCCUCAGCUCGACACCAUUGACUCAGGACACGCUGACCGACUGUUUUCCGGCCCACUCCAGGAAUCGACAGACCAAACAGUGCAAGCAGCUCAGCCACUUGUUCACUUGACCCCCGCUCAGCAGGCUGACGCGAUCAUCGCUCGCCGUCGCAGCAAGAACGGCAAAGGCCACAGAAAGAGAAGCAUGAGCACCAGCGAUGCUCGACCCAUCUUCACAGCUGCUGUCGCUGAAGCUGCUGACUUGGAUGCCGGGAGCAUCUCGUUUGUGUCUGAAAUCAGCAAUGAGCCUCCAGAGGAGCAAGUGGAGCUUCCCACCCGCCAAAGUAUCAGUGCUGAUCUUGCCAAGAGCAAAGCGAUGCUCGACAUCAGUCUUCAGCGCGCCAUCGACGGCGGCUUCCAGAACAACAUGGAGAAGGAGCUCAAACGCAUCUAUCAGAAAGUCGAUUCCAACUACAACGUCAACGAUCGUGGCGCUUUCCAAGGUAUCGAUGAUAAGGUCACCCACUCGACCGCAGCUGGAGACGUAGAUAGUGGCAAAGCCUGGAAGAAGCUGCGCAGGCCAAGUGACAUCAACGAGUACAAGAAGGAGAUGCGUGAGCUUCGUGAGGGUUCAACAGCUCGCAAGGCCUCGGGCAAGGUCUUUGUCAUGGUGGAUUCCUUCACGCCCACCGACCUACCAGUUCCCUCGCGACCCACUUCGUUCCACUGCAUCCUCGACAAUGGUCUUCACAUGGUUAAGACGGCCACAGUACCUCUCCGAGCCGGAAGAGGCGCUGUCAGCAAGGUCAGUCAAGAGUUCGAAUUGAUCCAGCACAAGAACCUCGAGUUCAGCUUGACACUGGUCGUGCAGCGCGACGCACAUCUCAUGGAACCACAGCGUCCUUCCUCGCCGUCGCGACGAGAGCAUGCAAGUCCCACGCUGAAGGGCCUCAGCCGCUUCUUCACCAGCCCCAAGAAACAGGCUGCAAAGAGGCAACAACAGGAACGUGAGGCUGCUGCUGAGUUGGCUGCGCAGGCCUCCCGAGCUGAGCCCAUGCUCGCCUACAUCAAUCGCGAGGGUGCCUUUGGUCGAACGGGAGUCAUCUUUGAGCGGGUUGCUAGCCAGUGCUACGCUCGAUGCAUGGUGCUUGACUUGCCAGUGCACGGUGUCUCCAACCCCACUGGAAGCAUUUCUGGCCCCUCUAGCAUUGCGUCGCGUUACCAUGUCUCCAUGCUGUCGCAAGACUUCCGCCAGAACCUGAGCAAGGUUCGUGGAACGCUUCGCUUGAAGCUCUUCUACCUUCCACCUCUUCCGAGCAUCCCACGCGAUGGUCUUCCGGAGAACCUUGGUGAAUGCAUCCGUGGCAUGCAGAAUGCUGCUUGGCACAGAUCAGAGCCGUGGCAGACAGGAACAUUGACACAGUUGGGAGGUGAUUGCGUCAGCUGGCGUCGUCGCCCAGUAGAGGCUCAAGGUCAACACCUGAUCUGCUUCAAUGCGAUCACCAAGAAGCCCACCAUCAAGAUUGAUCUCUCCAAGGCUGUCUGCAUCGAAGAACUGGGCAACCAUGUCAACAGAGGGUCGAUGAUCUUCCCAGCCGCGACCAGCCAAGCUAUGGGCCGAUCCAGGACGAUGGCCUCUUACGCCACAACUGGGACGCUGGCAGAAGAGGAAGAUGGCGAUGCAAACUACCAUGUUGAGCGAUCCCUCCGCAUCACGUUUGCUGAUGGAGAGCGGAUCACUUUCUUUGCCGAUACGGAAGCUGAAAAGGCGCAAUGGGUCAAGGUCAUCUCGGACGUGAUUGGCAGUGAGGUACCGCCCAACCCGUUAUGGGCGCAGGUAUUGUUGGAGAGCAUUGGCUCAAAGCCUGCUGGCAAAGUGGAUAACAACACUCGCAAACCCAGUCAGCAGUUGAUUCAAUCUCGUGAUCCGGUGCCUACUGUCCAGGAAGAGGGCCCUUGGACUCCACAAUCCGCACCGAGAGCUCCUGCCCCACCGAUGCACAAGCCUGUGCCUUGGGCAUCAGAACAAGACAGCCGAAUCUCGAAUUACUCCAACGCCUCGCAAGGUUCAACGCCCUCGCGUCUACCGUUGCGAGCAUCUCACAAGAUUGCCGCUCCAGCCCCUACAUCCAUACGCAGCUCUGUACGCGGCUCACCUUUGACGACCAGGCCGGCGUCGAUGAUUGGAACACCGGUGCAUGAUGCCUCGAACCGGGUUGCUUUCGAUCGUCUGAAGCGAGCUGGUCAUCUUCGCGCCCAGACGGAGGACUUGACGCCUCUUCGACGCCGCUGA